AUCGACGAAGAAGAACUCUCCCGCUCCAUUCGAUUAUGGUCUUGAAUCAAGGCGGGAAUUCAAGCGGGUCGCCAGUCGACAGCCUGUGCACUUUUUCAGUCUUUUUUCGUCCUUCUGUUGUAACAACAUUCACUUCCUGACUUUCUGUCCUCCUCAACUCUGACCGCAGACAAAAUGGUGCGGACCAAAGCGGACAGUGUCCCCGGAUCUUACAGGAAAGCUGUUGCAGCUUCUGCACCCAGGAAGUCUCUGGGCUCCAGUGUGGCCAACACCGCCGCCUCUUCCUCAUCCCCUCAGUCGUCAACUCCUGCAAAGAACAAGUAUGCCGGAGGGAACCCUGUGUGCGUUCGGCCCACCCCCACCUGGCAGAAGGGCAUCGGGGACUUCUUCGGGGGUCCAGGAACAAAGCCGGAGAAAGAGAACCAGAAGCCCCACGAAGAGGAGGAGGAUGACAACGAAGAGGCUGGAGGCAGUGGUGUAUCCAAGACCAGCAAGAAGUCCCGGCCACUGCCAGCCGAGGAGGAGGAGGAAGAUGAAUGAAGAUGUCUGAAUUUUAAAUGUAAAUGUGUA